AGACACACAUUGAACUUUGUGCGUUUUAUUUUGAAGCAGUAGACCAAUUCGAGUUAAAUCGUCACUUCCGCGCAGGCUCUGACUCCAGCUUGCAUCAUUUCUCGUCUGUGGGCAGCCGGUGCAGACAGCAUACACCAUGGUGGAGCCGGUCCCUGAGUCCAUCAGCUUUCCCUCCGAGGAGGAGACUAUCUUGAAGUUGUGGCAGGAAAAGGACUGCUUCCACGAAUGCCUCAAACAAUCCAAGAACCGACCCAGGUACACCUUCUAUGAUGGCCCUCCUUUUGCUACUGGUCUACCCCACUAUGGUCACAUCCUGGCUGGCACCAUCAAAGACAUCGUUACUCGCUUUGCCCACCAGAGUGGCUUCCAUGUGGAGCGACGCUUUGGCUGGGACUGUCAUGGCCUGCCUGUGGAGUAUGAAAUUGAUAAGACUUUGGGGAUCAAAGGGCCAGAAGAUGUGGCCAAGAUGGGCAUUGCAGAGUACAACAAGCAGUGCCGGAACAUUGUCAUGAGAUACUCCAACGAGUGGGAGACUUCAGUGACGCGAAUGGGCAGGUGGAUUGACUUCAAGAAUGACUACAAGACUCUUUACCCAUGGUUCAUGGAGACUGUUUGGUGGGUGUUCAAGCAGUUGUAUGACAAGGGUCUGGUGUACCGUGGUGUUAAAGUCAUGCCAUUCUCCACUGCCUGCAACACCCCCCUCUCCAACUUUGAGUCCCAUCAGAACUACAAGGAUGUUCAGGAUCCCUCAGUGAUUGUCAACUUCCCGUUGGUUGAGAGUGAGGAUGUUUCUUUGAUUGCCUGGACAACCACGCCAUGGACUCUGCCAAGCAACCUGGCCCUCUGUGUCAACCCAGAGUUCCUGUAUGUCAAGGUCAAAGAUAACAGCACAGACAAGACCUACAUCAUGAUGGAGGCCAGGCUGGGAGCUCUGUUCAAGUCGGAGAGCGAGUACACUGUCCUGGACAAAUUUCCUGGCAAGAUGCUGAAAGGGAAAAAAUACAAGCCUCUUUUCACGUACUUUGCCAAGUGCGGGGAGAAAGGAGCCUUUCAGGUGGUGAUGGAUAACUACGUCAAGGAGGAAGAGGGCACAGGAGUUGUCCACCAGGCACCUUACUUUGGAGCUGAUGAUUACAGGGUGUGCACUGAAUACAACAUCAUCCAGAGGGACCAGGCUCCUAUCUGCCCCGUGGAUGCCUCAGGCUGCUUCACUUCAGAGGUCACUGACUUUGCGGGACAGUAUGUCAAAGAUGCUGACAAGAAUAUCAUCAAGUGGCUAAAAGAGAAAGGCCGCCUCGUCAAUGCCAGCAGUUUCAAACACAAUUAUCCUUUCUGCUGGAGGUCUGACACACCCCUGAUCUACAAAGCUGUCCCCAGCUGGUUUGUCAGAGUGGAGAACAUGGUGGAGAAACUCCUGGACAACAAUGGAAAAUGUUACUGGGUUCCAGAAUUUGUACGAGAGAAGCGUUUCGGGAACUGGCUGAGAGACGCACGUGACUGGGCGAUUUCAAGGAAUCGCUACUGGGGCACGCCGAUCCCUCUCUGGGUUAGCGAUGACUUUGAGGAGGUGGUGUGUGUCGGGUCAAUGGCCGAACUGGAGGAGCUGACCGGAGUCAAAGUAACUGAUCUGCAUCGAGAAAGCAUCGACAGUCUGACCAUCCCGUCACGCUGUGGAAAGGGCUUGCUGCGGAGGAUCACGGAGGUGUUUGACUGCUGGUUUGAAAGUGGCAGCAUGCCGUACGCCCAGGCUCACUACCCCUUUGAAAACAGGAAGGAGUUUGAGGACAGUUUCCCCGCAGACUUCAUCGCUGAAGGCAUUGACCAGACCAGAGGAUGGUUCUACACCCUCUUGGUGCUCUCCACAGCGCUGUUUGGCAAACCGCCCUUCAAGAAUGUCAUUGUUAACGGACUGGUGCUUGCAAGCGAUGGACAGAAGAUGAGCAAGCGCAAGAAGAACUACCCAGAUCCAGGACUGAUAGUGCAGAACUAUGGAGCCGAUGCCCUCAGGCUGUACCUCAUCAACUCUCCUGUAGUAAGAGCAGAAAAUCUACGUUUCAAAGAGGAGGGUGUACGAGACGUGUUGAAGGAUGUCUUCCUGCCGUGGUAUAACGCCUAUCGCUUCCUGGUGCAGAAUGUGCAGAGGUUACAGAAGGAGGAUGAGAUUCAGUUCCUGUACAAUGAAAGCACAGCAAAGCAGAGUGACAACAUCAUGGACCAAUGGAUUCAGUCCUUCACCCAGUCCCUCAUCCAGUUCUUCAAGGCUGAGAUGGACUCUUACCGCCUGUACACCGUUGUGCCUCGCCUGGUUAAGUUUGUGGACAUGCUCACCAACUGGUACGUCAGGACCAACAGACGCCGCCUGAAGGGAGAGAGUGGCACUGAGGACUGCCUGUGGGCGCUGGAAACCCUCUUCAGUGUUCUGUUCUCCAUGUGCAGGCUGAUGGCUCCCUUCACACCCUUCAUUACAGAGAUGAUGUACCAAAAUCUGCGCCACCUCAUUGACCCUGCCUCUGUUGAAGAGAAGGACUCUGGCAGCAUCCACUAUCUCAUGCUGCCUCAAGUCAGGGAGACUUUGAUUGACAAGCGUAUUGAGAGCGCUGUCUGCCAGAUGCAGUCUGUGAUUGAGCUGGGCAGAGUGAUCCGAGACAGGAAGACCUUACCCGUCAAGUAUCCAUUGAAGGAGGUGGUAGUUAUUCACCAGGAUGCAGAGGCUCUGAAAGACAUCCAGUCCCUGCAGAAAUACAUCCUGGAAGAGCUUAAUGUGCGACAGUUGACACUUUCAACAGACAAGGACAAGUACGGUAUCCGCCUGAGAGCUGAGCCAGACCACAUGGUGCUGGGCAAGAGACUAAAGGGGGCCUUCAAAGCCGUCACUGCUUCUAUCAAGGAGCUCAGCAGCGAAAAGCUAGAGGCCUUCCAGAAGACAGGAUCCAUCACGGUGGACGGCCAUGAGCUUCAUGAAGAGGACCUGAGGUUGAUGUACACCUUUGAUCAGAGCUCUGGCUCGGCUGCACAGUAUGAAGCACAUUCUGACGCACAGGUCCUGGUGCUGUUGGAUGUCACCCCGGACCAGUCCAUGGUGGAUGAAGGCGUUGCCAGAGAGGUCAUCAACCGCAUUCAGAAGCUACGUAAGAAGGGGCAUUUGGUGCCAUCAGAUGAGAUAACAGUGUACUACCGCUGUAAGCCAGAGGGGGAGUACUUGGACUCUGUGAUCCAGGCUCACACUGACUUUAUUCUGGCUACCACCAAGGCUCCACUUCUGCCCUUCCCUGUCCCAAAGACUGCCAGCGUCAUCAUAGAGGAAACAACUCAGCUGAAGGGCUCAGAUUUGGAGUUAACCAUAGUAAAGGGAUCUUCAGCCCCUCGAGCUCCUCUAAAUGGACCAGCUUGCACAUAUGUCAACCUCAGAGUGAAGGUCAACAACAAAGAACAAGAGGGCGUUGUGCUGUUGGAGAAUCCCAAAGGGGAUAACAGACUAGACUUGGACAAACUGAAGAAAGUGUGCAGCAGCAUCUUUGGAACCAACAACACCCAGCUCAGAGUCUUCAAUGGUGGAACUGAGUUGACCAGCAAAAUGGACCUUCAGGCUCUGAGUGGUAAGACUUUGUCAGUGACUUCAGGCUCAUCCUCCGCUGGUCCCGUCCAAACCACCGACACCCUCCUGUGUCCUUACGUGAACUUGUUGCUCUGCAACGCGCAGCCAGCUGAGUGCCAGGCAGGAGAGGUGGCCACCCUUUUGCUGGUGAACCCAGUGGGCCAGAAUGGACUCAGCUACUCGGGUCUACUGUCUGAGGCUGCCAAGGUUUUCGGCCUCCGUGGCAGAUGGCUCAAGCUCUACCAGGACCAAGACCUUACUGAGGAGUUGCCACCCGAUUCAUCUGUAAAGUCCUCUUGACACCAAAACUGUGUUUGUGAGAGUUCUUCCUACCACCGCUGAAGCUUAAUCGUCAUCUUAGGACCGGUCGUCUCAGACGCAUCACUUGUCUCCUGAAUGAAGUUUCUACCACCCAGAUAUCCCCAUUGAUGUGCAGUGGAUUUAUGACUACAUGAACCGGUUCCAUCUGUUUAUUUGCUUUUUUGGUGGGGGUCCUGAUGCAAAGCAGGCUUGUCUGUCAAGUUCACAGCUGUUAAUCCAUGCAGGAGGAGUCACUAUCACUCAUGUCUUUUUUCACUCCAGGAAACAGAUUUGCAUGUCUCAAGAUAACUUGAGAUUUUGAUGCGUAUAAAUGCUAUCCAUCAUAUUUAAGCAAGACUUGCCUUUCUUCAUCCCUGUUUUCUCCCUGACCACAGAACAGCUUCUUUUCCUUGUACUUUGUUUCAUCGUCACUCAUAAAUGAUAGUUGCUAAAUGGGUGAUAUUUAUGUGGAUUUGCUAAGGGAAUGGCUUACAUCCUUUACUAGAAAACCAGUGCAGUUUGAAACAGGGUAACUUUUCAUACAUGACAAAUAAAUAGACCCAGUGGAUAGAUAUGUGAAUGAAAGAGUGUGAAGUGGCUGUUUGUGGAAACUGGAAAUUGUCUGAUUGGAGGACAAACAGACAGGCAUCUGCUUGGUAAGAAAGACAAAUGUUCAUUUACCCCAGAUUAAAAUAUGUUUUCAGGAACUCUUGGAAAUAUAGAUUCCAAGAAACAAUCUAACUCGAUUAACUGUCAAUAUUAAGAAUGGAUGAUUUUCUUUAUUAUGAUAAUCAUGCAAGCUCCUUCCCUUCAAGGCUUAGUUGAGGUGAGCUUAGUCCAGAGUAAUUAUUGCUUCGGCUCAUAAUUGGAAAAGCAAUUUUAGGCUAUUGUGCUUCGACACCAUUUUGAAUUUAGCAGAUAAAGCUAUUGUGUUCAUUGCAUUGGGAAUCCUUCUGACAAUGGAAAAGGCAUUUGAAAGGUGAAAUGGAUUUUCGGGCUGCUGUACCUUUGGGACAAAAGGGUUCUGUAAUAAAAAGAGCAACAAAUAGAUAAUUUUCUAUUUUAAGUGACAAGCGGAAUAAAUCAAAGGUGGCAAAGAA